AUGGCUCAUGAAGCGCUUGUCGAUGGCGAGCGGCUAACGGGGCAUGACUGGGUUCCAUCCGACCCAAUCGUUCUCUUGCCGACCGACGCCCAACGCUGGGACCCAGCCGAGAAUGAACGGACUGUACCGGUUGGCUUUCGGCCCGUCGGCUCUGUUGCCGGUUGUCGGGCCUAUGAAGCGGCUGCUGCUGCAUUUUGGAAAUGUAUAAACACCGCGGAAGCUGAUGAUGAAGCUGAUGACCCUGGUGCCUUAGCUGCAGUUGGUUGUUUGCGUGCCAUAAGCACAAUCAUUGAGUCAGUGAGUCGGCUUCCACAUCUUUUUGAACAGAUUGAGCCAACACUUUUCCUUAUCAUGCGUAGGAUGCUUACGCCUGACGGACAAGAUGUCUAUGAAGAGGUUCUGGAGAUUGUUUCUUAUAUGACAUUUUACUCGCCAAAAAUAUCAAUGAACAUGUGGAGUCUCUGGCCAUUAAUGAUGGAGGCCCUUGCAGACUGGACUAUUGAUUAUUUCCCAAAGAUAUUGGUUCCAUUGGACAACUAUAUAUCGAGGAGCACUGAACAUUUCCUUACUUGUCAGGAACCAGACUACCAGCAAAGCCUUUGGAACAUGUAUGAGGAGCACUGA